AUGGAGAGGAAAUCCAUGUCAGAGCUCGAGGUAGCUCGCAAGGUCCUCCACAAGACACCACCUCGCGACUUGUUGGCAGGGCAAGUCCCGUCUCCACCCCCAUCGCAACCACUGACCUCGCUCAGAACCCUCCUCGCCGAUGCUAUCGACCGGGUCCUCCAGCCGCCCGCCGGUGCUGAGGCCCUCGAGAGACUUGCAUAUCUCAUUGUCCUGUUCCGCCAGAUCGCGCUUGCCGUGACGCAGCACCCAGCGGACGCGGCACACGCCGUCGCAGUCACCUACAGCAAGCUCGGACCCACUCUCCUUCCUCGCGCCCCGUUCGCGACCCUUCUCCUCGAGUCGCUGUCCAACACGGUCAAGCCUCACCCCCUCCGCUCGGCAGAGGCCAUGACGGCCGCGACGCGCCUUGCUGCCAUUCUUCCGCCUCCACCUGCCUCGUCCUCCGCCUCCCAGCACCUCCUCCAGCCCCUGUGGACUGAGGUCCUCCGCGAUGGCCUCGGCGCCAGGGGCAACAUUGUCGCGGUGUCGAUUAUGGCCGAGUCGAUCCCUCAGGAGAGCAUCCCGACCCAUCUCCUUCCUCGCCUUCUCGAGGACCUGACGGUCAGCGACUCUGCCAACGUCCGUUGCUCUGCUAUCGUCACGCUUCUCGGCAGGCGGAGAGAGCUCGCAACGGGCUCAGAUGAGGAGAAGGACCGCUUCAUGCUCGAGCCGCUGAUGCCCUACGUCUCUUCUGGUGAGGAUGGCACAGCAGUCCAGGUGCUCAGCCGAUACCUCCUUCCCGUGCUGUUCAAGGCGCAGCGUGGCUCAUUCUCCACCCUCCUGAGCAUGUUCGACACCACCGGCGCGCCUAACCAGCCCGACCUGUUCGCUUCAUGGAUCACAACAGCCUCACUCGGUGUCUCGAGCGGUAUCAUCCCUCUGAGCGGCGUGCCUUCGGAAAGGCUGCACGAGGCGAUCGUCCACGAAGACAACAAGAUUCGCAUCAUGGCGUUCGAGCUCGUCGCCAGGAGCAAGGAUGUGCUCGAGCCCGAGGUUAUGGAGAAGGUCAAGGAGGCUUUCAGGUGGAACACCAUGAUUCCUCAUGCAGAGGGCCGCACGGACAUGGCUUCGGCUAUCUACGCCUUCCUCAUGCACCUCAAGGAGCUGGAGAACGCCGCCCGCCGGGACGUCUCUCGCGGGAAGACCCCCGAGAUUAAGGCCAAGGCUGAGAAGCGCCUGGCUGUGGCCGCCGACUUCCACCACUGGUUUGUGAACGACCACCUCACCCCGUCGCUCGAGGCCAGCCAGUCGCACCCUGCGCUCCGGGGCAUCUUCGCGCUCAAGACACUCACGCGGUACCUUGACGUGUUCAGCGAUGUUCCGAGUGUCUUGGCGGACGUUUACACUCCCAAGCGUGUCACCCUCCUCAUCGCUUGCCAGGCGAAUGAAUUCGCCGAGAUCCGAGGACAAGCGCGAUCAAUCAUUGGAAGAGCACCGCUCCCACUCGCAGGCUACGAGACGCUGUCUACACCCGCCACUCAGGAGCUCCUCGCUUCGGCGUCCUCCUCGAUCAAUCACCCCCGCCGAACCCAGGCGGAGGCCGGGCGUUCAGCGCUCACAAUUAUCUUCACAAAGGUCGUUCUGCCAGCCGGCCCCGAGGUGGCUGCCAGUUUCAUCGACAACCUUGUGAAUGUGCUCGAGCAGCACGUGAAGAAGUCGGAGGAGAACUUUGCCACCGGCAUUGUGGAGUACCCACUCCACGGCCCUCUGAGCGCUCUCACCGAGAUGGUUCGAUGCCUGGAUCUCCGGACCCCAGAGGCGCAGGUGGCCUGGAGCCCCGUCCUUCACCGCCUGGUCGCACUCGUUGACCGUGUGUGGUCUGUCACCCGGAAGGUCAUCUCCCUUGGCCCCUCAACAGAUCCCGAGAACGGCAAGGAGACGGCUGCCCAUGAAAUUGCCCGCGCGUACGACGUGCUCGGUGAUGACGAGGCGGAAGCUGGAGACGACUUGGAUCACACCAACCUGCUCUCAGGCAGUUGGCGUGCGACAAAGGAGGCGGCCGAACUUCUUGCUGCCCUCAUUGCCGUUCCACUCAACGCGUCUGCAACGCAGACAAUCUGGAUCCGCGAUGACAUCAACAAGGCUGGCCGCACGUUCCUCGUCUGGCUUCACGAGAUCCGCCACCGCGGUACAUUCUCGCGCAUUGCACCCUCUCUCGCGCUCGUGGUGGAGGCAGUCAAGCCUCGCAAGGAGCUCGCUGGGCUUGUAGAGUCAUGGGUUGAGGAGGAGCUGGACACGGUCGCGUUGGGCCAGCUAUCGACCCUGCGUCGUUCUGCUGCUCUGCCGUACUCGUUCCUCGCGCUCGUCUCGGCCGACGAGGCCCUCCUCGACACUUCGAUCCAGCGUUUGGUGGACAUGGCGAAGCUCGGCCCCGAGACCAAGGACGAGACCAAGGUCCACGCCAUGAACACGCUCAAGAUUGUUCUCCUCGAUGGAAAGCAGACUAGGUUCUUGUCUCGUUACCUUGAGCGCACGCUCUUGGUCGCCCUGAGGGCUUUCGAGUCGUCAAACUGGAACGUUCGCAACGUCGGCCUGAUCCUGUUCUCUACCCUGGCACACCGAUCCCUCGCCACUGCACGCUAUCAGGAGGUGUUUGGCACUCGCAAUGCCCUUGCUGGACGCCAGACCCUCGCCGCCUGGGACGGGCGGUACCCAGAGAUGAUCCCCUAUGUGGCCGACUACCUGCGCCGCGCGCGCAAGGAGGGGCCAGCAACUCUUACCCAGCACUCGCCACUGUUCCCCAUUCUGAUCAUUGUCCGAUCCCUUCGCUGGUCGCCGGAAGGCGCUCACACGGCUGACUCCCUGUUCCCCGUCGUCGAGCCAUACCUUGGUUCCGUGGAGUGGCAGAUCCGUGAUGUCGCAUCGCAGGCGCUAUCCUCGCUGCUAUCCUCCAGCCAGGCGCUCGAGCGGGCCAAGGUCACUGCUACACGGGUGAGCCACGACUCGAAAGACUUCAACACCCUCCACGGUCGCCUCCUGUUCCUCUGCCGCCUCAUCUCCGACGUCAUCUACUGGGACGACGUCGUGGCAGCCGACAAGCGGAUCCUUGAGCUGCGCCUCCGGGAUGGCUUGCAAGUCUGGGGUGAUUCCAGCACGGCGGUCAUCCCCAAGGCGAUCUUGGACUGCGUGAUCGCCUACGCCAAUGCGACGACGCCGUCCAACCCAGUCCUUGUGCCCGGUGCCAAGCGUAUCGCGCUCAACAUCCUCCAGACGCCAGAGCCGUACCGGCCCGGACUGGACCUCCUCUACCAGUCUGCGGCAGCCUGUGUGCUCAUCCAGCCAAUCGUCGCGCGGGAUGUUGUGGCGCUACUCGCGCCCCAGAUUCCCGAGGAUGCCCAGCUCGCUGCCCUUGACAAAGUUGAGAAUUCGCUGGCCCUUCAGACACCCGAGAUCCUCUCGGCAGUGAUCAAGCUCAGUGCCCUGGAGAACAGCAACACUGUGCGCACCAAGGCGUUUGAUGUGCUCUCUUCCUGGGCAGCCACGCCCGAGGCGGACGCAGGCAUCGCCCCGCUCGCAGGCGCCAUUCUCAAGGUGGUUAAGACGACGCGAUGUGUGCCACUUCGCGAGGCUGCGCUGCCAGCACUUGGACGUGCGAUCGCCGCUGGCGCCGACUCGGCUAACCUCGACGUCCUCGCAACUAUCCUUGACAAGACAUCCGACGAGAACAGGUCCGAGCCGUGCCGCACGUCCGCUCUCCGUUGUAUGGCUCACCUUGGACCGCUACUCUUCUCCGCAACGCCCACGGCCACAGCAGCCACCCUCGCGUCUCUGCACCGUACACUUGUACGUUUGCUCGAAGACGACGACCAGGACAUCCGCCGCGACGCCGCCGAGAUCGUCGAGCUCGGUCUUCGCCUCCGCAGACCCGUGGUGCUCAGCCACGCCGUCGCGUUGUGGUGGGACUGGCUCGGCCAGCGACUGCAGACGACGGAGGCGGAGCGCGCAGUGUGGGAUGCCUGGCUUUGGGCCACAGUGGCAGACGCCAGCCAGACACGGACUGAACUCGCCGCCCUCGCUCCCGCCGCACCGACCCUCGACGUCCUCUUCCUCGAAGAGCCGCCCAACAUGUUCCGCAACUCGAUGGACGCGGCGGCCCAUGCCUCAAAGGUUGUGGCCGCGCUCCCUGCCCUCAAGUCGCCCGGUGCUACCUCCACGGCGCAGCUCGAGAAGGAGGUGUCGGCUGCCAUUGGCAGCGCCCGCGGGAGCCCGAUCGACGCGGCGUGGGUCGCACGACAGCAGCUACAGAAGCGCCACGUCCUCCUCCGCCGUGCGCUGCGCCUCGCCAAGCACUAAUCCUAGACAACUAGACCUUGCAUGCAGC